AUGUCGCACUGUGAACAGUACCUUUCGUAUGGUGCUAAUAACCGUAAUGGAAACAUUCGUAUCGUAAAUGGUAACAGUAAUCCAAAGUUGGCUGAAGGAAUCUGUAAGGCACUUCGUGUCCCCGUUACAUCCUGUCGCGUUGGAGCAUUUUCCAACGGUGAAAUAAAUGUCAAAAUUCUUGAGUCGAUGCGUGGAGACGACGUAUUUGUGGUUCAACCUACAUGUGGUAAUGGAGUCAUCAACGUAAAUCAGGCCGUGAUGGAGCUUCUUCUUAUUAUCCACACACUAAAGCUCAGCUCCGCAAAACGUGUGAUUGCGGUAAUCCCGCAUUACGGCUAUGCUCGACAGGACCGUAAACAUACUUCCCGAGUUCCCAUCAGUGCAUCUGCCGUGGCUCGUAUGAUCACAGAACUAGGUGUAAACGGCGUUGUCACGAUGGAUCUGCACUGUGGUCAAAUUCAGGGUUUUUUUCAUGGUUGUCCGGUGUCUGACCUUAGUGCCACAUCCGAGUUUGCGGAGUAUUCAAAGCAGAAGGCGUUUAACACCAAUAACCUUGUCAUCGUCGCCCCAGACGCAGGUGCAGUAACCCGCGCACGACGCAUGGGAGAUCGCCUUGGCGCAAGUCGCAUUGUCACCAUUCUUAAGCGUCGGGUGGAGGCCAAUCACGUCGACAGCAUGCAGCUCGUUGGUGAGGUAGAUGGUUGCACCUGCAUCAUUGUGGACGACAUGAUUGACACCGCUGGGACGUUGUGCAAAGCGGCAGAAGUCCUGAGAGAGAAUGGUGCAAAGGAAGUACAUGCCUGGGCGACGCAUGGCAUUCUCACGGACCCUGCUUGCGAGCGUCUCAACGCAUGCGAUGCGCUGGUGGAGGUUGUUGUAACUGACAGCCUUCCCCAGGACGAGAGCGUGCGGAAGUGCUCCAAACUAAAAAUUAUAUCCAUCGCCAAACUCCUUGCCGAAGCUAUCUACCGUAUUCAUUCGGAUCAGAGCAUCGAAAACGUCGGCGAACAUCCCGUGCCGCAGCGUCACAACCCAGACCUCAUCUCGGUCGACGCGUUGGUGGAGGAGGGCGACUGGCCCCAAAUCGGGGUACGCUCGCUCAAGAAGCGGAGUUGCAUGUAUCCCAAGACGCCAAACAGUGCUGAUAAUUCUCCAGGAAAGGCGUUGCAUACACAAUGA